UUGUCCCCUUUCAGACUGUUUUGGUCUUUUCGCUGUUAGCAACGGAAGGAGCCUGAGAUAUCUGUAAACCCUAUUUAGAGACAAACCAUUUUUUUGCUCAGGAUUACACAACAUGUUGACAGAAGGCGUAGCGCCCCUGUUCAUUUUGGUCGAGUAAUUGGCGCUUGUUAUCUUUUUAAACUAUCAUUUUUUUCUGUUUUACUAGGAUUUGUACCGAUUGCUAAUUCAGAUAGCAACCGUUAGCGAGCUAACUUUUAGCAUAGCACCAUCCUCAGCAGGCACGUUGACAUUACCCUGUUCGCUAGCCAGAUUUUAGGAUUGCUAACGUUUGCGAGCUGUCACCUAAUCGCACAUCGCCGAGGGUUUGCGGUGUGAAGUCGGUCGUUUUAAGACGCUGCGUUUUAUGGGAUCACCAUGUCAAUGAAGGCCGGUGGAAAUCGCAGCAAGCCCGGCGGAGGCAACACCUCUGGUGCCGCCGCAGCCGCCUCCGGUGCCGGAGGAAGCGGAGGGGGACGACAGAAUCUGGGCAGGGGAAGACACAGUGGUAAAGGUCCCGCAGCAGUCAUUUUCAAUGGUGUAUAUGCAAAUAUGAGGAUGGUCCAUGUCUUGACUUCAGUGGUGGGGACCAAGUGUGAGCUGAAAGUGAAAAAUGGAGCAGUCUAUGAAGGAGUAUUUAAGACAUACGGCCCAGAGUGUGACCUGGUGUUGGAUGCAGCCCACAGAAAGAGUCCGGAGCCAAGCAUAGCUCCCAGGAAAGAAGAUAUUGUGGAAAGCAUCGUUUUCAAGGCCUCCGAUGUCGUAGUUGUGACCUUCAAAGAUGUGGACCUGAAUUUCGCCAGGAAAGUCUCCUCUGAUGCAGACAACUUCACAGAUUCAGCAGUGAGCGGUAAGAUCAAUGGCGAGCAUAAAGAGAAGGAUCUAGAGCCAUGGGAUGGAGGAGAGACACACAACUCUGACAGCCUCGAGUCUCUGGAUACAGAUGUGUCAAAUGGCUGGGACCCCAAUGACAUGUUCAAGUACAACGAGGAGAAGUAUGGAGUAUUGUCUACAUAUGACAGCAGCUUGUCCACAUAUACGGUCCCUCUGGAGCGAGACAACUCUGAAGAGUUCCUUAAGAGAGAAGCGCGUGCUGCCCAGCUGGCGGAGGAGAUUGAGGCCAGUGCCACAUAUAAGGCCCGCGUGGCCCUGGAGAACGAUGAGCGCUCUGAGGAGGAGAAAUAUACUGCUGUCGUGCGUGGGGAAAGGGAGGCUCACACACUUAGCAGAGAGAACAAGUACAUUCCUCCAGGUCAGAGGAACAGGGAGGCGAUGUCUUGGGGACCCGGGCGUCAGAAUUCUCCCCGUCUAGCUCAGAGCUCAGCGGGACUCCCGACUCCUCGACCAGGACCCCACGACUACAGUCCCAGCUCCGGGCCCGACCAGAGGGUGGUCAACGGAGGUUCAUCCCAUUGGCCCUCACCCUGUCCGUCUCCUUCCUCCCGCCCCCCUUCUCGUUACCAGUCUGGCCCCUCCUCCCUGCCUCCUCGGGCGACCACGCCCACCAGGCCACCCUCCAGACCCCCCUCUCGACCUUCCAGGCCUCCCUCUCAUUCAUCCCACCCCUCCUAUCCCUCCUCCUCAUCCUCCUUUUCCCACCAUGGGCCCACAUCGCCAGCCUCCACUCUGCCCAAACGCAUGUCUUCAGAAGGCCCACCCAGGAUGUCUCCAAAGUCCCAGCGGACGCCUCGUGCUCACAGAGUGCCACCCUGUCGGACUGCUGGAGUCCCACCAGGAGGGGAUAUGAUUUCCCACAAUGCCCCUGGAGAGGUCCCAGUGACUCAACCGACCAGGAGCAGUUCCUCUGGGGGGACGUGGUCCUCUGUUGUUAGUGGAGCUCACAGACCUCGCUCCCCCAGACAGAACAGUGUUGGUGGAGCCUCUUCCCUCCCAGCAGCCCAGACAGGAACGGCUCCUGUGGAAACGGUUGCUGCGGCGACAUCAGCUUCCUCUCCUACUGCUGCUAGCCCCGCCCCCCCUGUGGUUGCCUCGGCCUCAGGAGAUGCAAAAGAGUGCCGUGUCCAGGAGACCAGACAGGCCUCCCCCACUGCAAACAAGGAAAACAUCAAGCCCUUGGAAAGCUCAGCUGGUAUCCCCAGAACAGUGUGUAAAGGACUUCCCUCUAUGGCACCAGACCACAGAAAACAAAUCGAUAAUUUAAAGAAAUUUAGUGUUGAUUUUCGGUUGCAGUCUAGUUCAAACCCAGAAGCUGCCUUUGACCAGAAGAUGACCAAGCCUCCCAGAGACGCGGGAGACAAGCCGAAAGAGCUUCCCCUCGACAAAGCCUCAGCAGUGGGGCGGGAGGGCAGCGAAGACGGUGCUGCUGGCCCCUCCGUUGGUGCCCCCGCUCCGUCCACCGCAAACUCCAGUAAGCCCGGCAGCCCCGCUGCACUCUCCCCGUCUCCAUCGGCCCCCGACCAAAGGAGGGCGGGACUGGAUGUGACAUCACAGGGAGUGCAGACGACCGCGGCGUCCUCAUUCAGUGGACCCAAGCAUGAAGAGAAGGAGGAGAAAAAGGAGCCAGUACACGAUCAAGUGAGAAAAUCCACCUUGAACCCAAAUGCCAAUGAGUUCAAACCCCGGUUCAAUGCGCAGCCCAAACCAGCAAACACUCCGACGCCCCCCCGGCCUCAGGGCCAGCCCAGCCCCUCCAUCGUGGUCCAGCAGCCUCAGACUAUGUACGGGCAGACGGUCUGCUUCCCCCAGAUGUAUCCCCUCACACCGGUCAGCCCUGGAGUGCAGAAAAGCAUAAUAUGGAAGUCUCCAGCUAUGUACCAGGUUCAGAUGCCUCAUAUGACAGUCAGCCAGUCUAAACCCUACAGACCAGGUAAAGUUCCCAACAUGCCCCAGCAGAGGCCAGAUCAGCACCACCCGCCCGGCGCGCCCACUAUGAUGCAUCCAGCCACGGCCGCAGGACCCCCUAUUGUAGCACAGAACCCCGCCUACUCUGCCCAAUACUUCACCUGCAGCCCGCAGCAGUUCACCAGCCAGCCGCUGGUGCAGCAAAUGGCGCAUUACCAGUCACAGGCGCAGCAUGUGUUCAGUCCGGUAAUGCAGGGCAGUGCCGGGAUGAUGGCGCCUCCCACACACGGCCAACCCACGCUCGUCUCUUCGUCAGCGGCACAGUACCCCGAGCAGACACACACCAUGUAUGUGUCUCAAGGGCCGAUGCCUCAGCAGUACGCCCACCCCAGCGCCACCUUGCACCCUCACCAACAGCACCCUCAGCCCUCUGCCACACCCACCGGCCAAGGCCAGCAGGGUGGUCCACAACAACAUGGAGGACCUCCUAACCACCCAGCUGCCAGCCCAGUACAGCACCAACAGCAUCAGCAGCACCAACAGCAUCAGCAGCACCAACAGCAUCAGCAGCACCAGCAGGCCGCUGCAGCGGCAGCAGCAGCGCAGGCCCUCCACCUGGCCAACCAGCCCCAACAGCAGCAGAUGUAUUCUGCCUUGGCCCCCACUCCUCCCUCCAUGACCCCGGGGCCCAAUCCGCAGUCUCCCCAGGCAUCCUUCCCCUCCGCCCAGCCGACAGUCUAUAUCCACCCACAGCAGGUGCAGCACGGCUACAACCACAACCACAUGGCACACGUACAGCAGGCCCAUAUGCAGCCUGGUAUGGUGCAGUCCCACCACCCGGGGCAGACCCACCCCACUAUGAUGUUGAUGGCUACGCAAGGUCCUCCAGGUGGUCCGCAGCAACAAAUGCCCCAGAAUGCCCUCAACCCCAUACCUGUUUCCUCCACCACGCAUUUCUCCUACCUGGCACAUCCACAAGUGCAAGCCCAUCAUCAGCAGCAGCUGUAGAUAGAGGGCACCAGCGAGCCGAGGGACCCGCUCCUCAACCAGAGGCUUCACGACCAGGCGACCAAGAGAGUUAGAGCCCUCCCUCUCUUCCCCUUCCUCAUCCUCACCAGACAUGCGUCACGUCAGCUCUUCUCUUUCUUUCCCUCCCAGACUAGGCAAUAAGAAAAUGUUCAUCAGGUUGAGGCAGUGACAUGUUUUAUCCAGCUAGAGAGUUUUAACAGGCAAGACUGCUCCUAUUCAGCCCCCGAUCACAUGCAGACAUCUGCACACACGCAGAAACAAACAAAACACCCACCUGCUUUCAGGGGUAACCAAAUUGUACCUUGAAUCAGCUUGCCAAAUAAGACGUGAGAGAGAGAAUGAGAGAAACUAAUCAGUGAGAGUGAAGAGGAAUAUUCAACUGGAACUUAUAUUUUGUCUGCACCUUGUUCUAAGAAAAAAAGAAUCUUCCAACAUUUAGACAGUAUUAAACUUACUGUUUAUUGCUGCUGCUAUGUGCUGCGUUUGUUUCCAGACUACAUGACAGGUUUCUAACCAAACUAAAAACAGAAACAUGACAAGAAGCUUCCUGUGAAAUAAACAUGUUUUGGCAGCCAAGAGGACAGAAGAAACGUUAUUUAUGAAAUUAUAAUGGCUGAGGUGAUCAGAUCCCACUUCUCACCCGACCCUUAUGUAACUUUUAAGUUAAAACUUUUACUUUGUAGAUAAUAUAAAUAAUUUAAAAAAUGAGCAAAAAAAAUUUAAAAACAAUAAAAAAGUUUUAAAAACUGAAA